AUUUCUAAAUUGCGCAUGCGCUCUAGAAGAGGAAAUUAGACCAUCUUUUUUAAACUUUAGACAUGUAGAUGACGGAAAAAAAUGUGAUUUAAGGAAGAAUAGCGGUUAAUAGUCAUCCGUCCAUUACAAAAUGAUACACAGAAGCAUGAAUGGAUAAGAAUUAGAGCUUCGUUUUCCGUCUUCAGCGAUGCCUUCACCCUUGGUAAUUUUAGCUUCUCUGUCAGUGGUCGUCGGACUUAUUGGCAGCGUGUUUAUUUUACUGGCGAUAUCUGUAGAUUCUUGGGAAGAGAUAGAGUUUUCUGUGAUCAGCGCCAACACAUCCACAGUCUCCGUUACGUCUGCAGGGUCACGCUCUGAGGUCACUGUUUACAAGGACCUUAGUUCUGGGACCUAUUACUUUUUGUACUAUCAAUAUGGAGGGCCAUGGAAAUUGUGUGACCUACUUUCAGACACUGCCCGGAAUGAGAUGACCACUUUAGGUGGUGAAUACAGAGAAAAGUGCUACAACUUUGUGUCCGAGUACGACGAAGAGUCCUCCACACUACAAAGUGAUGGCAAAUCUGUCGCCAGAUUGCAGAACUCUGGAGCCUCCUGUUUCAUCGUUUGUAUCAUCGACCUUGUAGCGGCCUUGGGAGUCGGUGUCAUAGCGCUUCUUCACAAACACGUGACAGCUUGCAUGGUUACUGGGGUUCUGUACUGUAUGGCAAGUUUAUUUACCGUGUUUGGACUGGCUAUUUUCCAUGUGAAACAUCAUUAUGAAGUCUAUUACUGUCAGUCGCUGUAUCCAAUUCCAAAGGGGGCCUGUGAUCAACGGACACUGUCUAUUUUAUGGGCGGUGCCAGUGGCGUGGGUAGGCGUGGUCAUUUGUUCGGCAGCUAGUGUGUUGUGGCUCUUUCUUACCCGAGCUCUAAGGGUGAUCAAAGCGAAAACAAUGAUAUGAUUGCCUGACACGAACUGUAAGGGCUGUCAAAGCGACAAGAAUGUUUGGUUUUUUUUUCCCCGUUUUUUAUUAUAUUUUAUUCCGAUGUUAUAUUUUUGUAAAUAUAUUAUAUGAAGAAUAUUUUUAUCAUAUGACGCAAUAAAAGGUAAAACACA